ACACAGUCUGACGGGUUCCUUGUGAAUGGUUUAGUGACGCAGUUAGUAGGCACCGUUUACUGCAGUAAUCACAAAGCGCAGCUACACUCUACCCUGUAGCUUUUUUCUUUUUAAUUGUCUGACCUUCCAGCUGGUCCUAGAGGUGAUGUGUAUGCUUGUGAAGGUUUGAAAUUAGACCAGCGCUCUACAUAAGCUAGCAAGAUUAGACAGGUCAAAUAGAAGGCUCUCACUUUCUCUUGUGAAACAUUGUAUGAUCAUCAACAUCACCAUCACUCUGAAAGUAUUGAUAGUUACGCAGAAGUUCGACUUUGCGUCGAUCACUAAUGACGUCUGCAGUUCUCCACUCCCCACAAUCGACCAAUCAGGAUGCAGGAACAUGAAACGUCACUAUUUAGCAGUGAUCAACUAAUAUUAAAGUAACUAAUUCAAAAUGAAGGCAACACACAAUAGGGUGUCCAGACUAGCAAGUGAAUGACACAUUAGCAUGUUAGCUAACUAUUUGUUCCAGUGGGUGCUAAACAAACGUGUUACCAAGUUGGCUAGCUUACUUACUAGUUAUGUAGAGUAAUGAAAACAUGAAAAAACAAGAAUGUUAUUCAACAUUUAAAUCAUUUGGAUGGAUGUGCAUUGAAUAUAUUCAACUAAUUCAUGUGCGCCAAAUGUCGUUGAGCUCGCUAGCCACAAUUAGCCAUAACGUUAGCUAACUUGUGCAAUGUCAAGCAACAACUCCUCACAUCAACUAAUGGGUUAGCUAUUAAAAUAAAAUAAAAAUAUAUAUAUAUCUUAUUAAAACUCACAUUGACUCUGAACGCCCUCUGCUGAAUGAGUUUUGCUGCUCUCAAUCCAGUCGUUUGGCGGAUUACAUGAGAGCAGAUCCCAGACAUGUUCUUAAUACUGUUGAGCGUCGCCAUCUUCUUCACUGUUUAGCUAGCUACCUCUGCUAAAUUGCAAAUUACAGGAGCCAACAGCGACUAAAUCAAUCCCCUGAAGUCUAGUAGAUCUAAAAUAAUUGUGUUGGUCUCAGCAGCUCCAUGAAACCGCUAUCUGGGUUUUUAGGUCUUAUGCUUUAUUACCUAACAAUUUCUUUGAGAUCUGCGAUACAGACAAAUGAGGGGACUGGGGGUAAAAUGCCGUCAUCAUUGAGCGUCCAAAUGACAACACAAAUAAGCUACGUCAUAUCCCCGCGACAGACUUCUAGUUUUCUUUUUUACAAGCACGAUGGAGGUGUGCGCGUCUUCGAGUACUACUUUGAGGGAGUUUGGCUGCGAACAGAAUUUACUAUCACGACCUGAUGGAUCGUCGUCCUUCGUCCAAGGAGACACCAGUGUAUUAGCUGGAGUGUAUGGCCCGGCGGAGGUGAAGGUCAGUAAAGAGAUCUAUGACAGAGCUACCCUGGAGGUGGUGAUGCAGCCCAAAGUGGGACUACCAGGUGUCAGAGAGCGAGCCAGAGAACAGUGUGUGAGGGAAACAUGCGAGGCGUCUCUUCUCUCCACCCUUCAUCCACGCUCCUCCCUCACUCUCGUCCUACAAGUGGUCCAUGAUGACGGUUCACUGUUGUCCUGCUUUCUGAACUCAGCCUGUAUGGCCCUGAUGGAUGCAGGCCUGCCUAUGAGCUGUCUGUUCGCUGGGGUCACCUGUGCCAUCGAUACAGAUGGCCAGGUCAUUACCGACCCCAAUGCAGCACAGGAGAAGGAAAGUCGAGCUUUGAUGACCUUCGCUAUUGACAGUACCGAGCGCAGAGUGAUGAUGUCAUCCACCAGAGGGUCUUUUACAGUUCAUGAGCUGCAACAGUGUAUCGCUGUCAGUCAGAAAGCAUCGGACAAGAUCUUCCAGUUCUACAGAGAUUCUGUCAGACGAAGAUAUUCCAAGACACUCUGAUUUAUCCAGGAUUCUGCUUAUAACUUCCUUUUUUCUUUUUACAGCUUUGUUGUUGUUGUUUUAAUUUUACAGACCAAACCAUUGUUGUUUUUGAAAUAAAAAAAUAUUUGGAAUUGGUUGAACAAAAAAAAA